CCCAAAUCCUUCCACCCCACCACCACACCUCACCACCACCACCACCAUGUCCACCAUAACAACCCUCCACGCAAUCUACACCUCCCCCCAACAAACCCACACCUUCGAACACCCCAUCACCACCACACAUCCCACCUCCGUCGCCACAAAAGUCACCUACCUCGCCGAACUACGCAAACUCGUGCCCAACAUCCAAAACGACAUCAAUGUGUUCCUGACCGAGCGGAUGGAAGAAGAUAAGAAGGCGGCGGAGGCGCAGGGUCAGGCGGUCUCUGAUAAGGAGGUCAAGGAGGAGGAGAAUUAUGGGGAGGAGGUUGUGGAGGAGGAUGCUUGAUCCUUUUCUUCUUCCUUUUUACUAAUGGAGAUGGAUGCGGGAAACAGGAGGGAAAAGAAAAGAAAAGAAAAAACGCAAACGAAACGAUGAAUCGAUACCAAUAAACCUCUAUAU